CACUACCAUAACUGACGGUUCUGUCGUCCGUCAGUUUAUUGUACUUCAGUUCGCGUUCGCGCGUAAUCAGUUGCAGUAGUGAAGUAGAGGUUAUGAUCGAAGUUUAGUGCUGUCAUCGAAAUAAAUAACGGGUUUACUAUCAGUUAACUAUUUUGUUAGGAUUUUAUUUAUCCUGAACUUCUAUCAACUGUUGAUAUGUGAUGAACAAUUCUGUAAAUGGAUAAAAACUGACUUAGACGUCUUUGUUUAUUGAAGCGGGGGCGGCAAGACCAAGAUGCCGGCGCUAAAGCUGUUCGGCAGAAAGUGGCUCGCCGCCACCGAUGACAUGGUCUUCCCUUGCCUGUUCGAGUUCAUCGUCCGGCUCAUCUGGCUCAUCAUGAUGGGGGUGAUCACGCACCGCUACUAUGACUACACGUUUACAUGCACAUCGGGCGGGGAGUGUGUGCGGGUGUAUCUGGUGGGGAUGUUGGUACUACUGUCGCUCAACAUAGUGCUGUUGGUGGCGCUUAUCAACCGCAGCGCACAGGGAGGGAUCUGCGACGUCCAUAGCGCGCGACGAAUGGUUCCUCCACUUCUCGGAGCCAAACUGCUGUUGCUGCUACCAGAAGCUGGUUGGAACGGUCUGGGGACGGUGUGGGCCUUCACGUCCGUCAUCACGUGCCCUGACGACCACUUCACCAACACUGCCAUUGAUGUUCUGGUGUGUCUGGACUGGGUGCUUUUCGCUCUCCUGGUGUUUGCCUUGGCCAUGGUGAUAGAUCCGAUAGGCUCUGUCAAGCUACGGGCAUCCCAGCCCGAUCUCACGCUGGACACGCUGAAGAACCGCCAGGUCACACGGACCUGGAUCCGUCGGUUCCGGUGGUUCUUCUGCUGGCUCAACCGGGACAAGGAGAGUCUGGAGGCUUUUGCUCAGGUUGCUGGCCUGUUCAGCUCUCUGUUCCGAGACAGUGACCUGGUGCCCUCUGACCUGAUCGCUGGCUGCGUGCUGCUGCGGGUCAAACAGAAACGGGAGUCACGAGAGCAAUGGAGGUUGGAGAUAAUGGCGGAGCAGAGGCUCAAGUACAAGUCAGACUUACGAGAGGUGUUCCGCGGCAAACCCGUGUGGCUGAGCUUCGAUAAAGCGGAACACUACAUGAAACUGUCCAUGGCCACCUACGGCUGCACGUUCGUCAUGUACCGCUACUGCUGUACAGGAAUCUGCCGUCUGCUCAGGCAUACCACAUGCUGUGCUUGCUUCAGGCCCAAGAAGGUGAUGGUCGAAGGAGACAACUGCUGCAUGUGUAACAUGGCAGGUUUCAAGGAACUGGCGGACAUGACGGAAGAUGAGAUUAUUUACGCCAAUUUCAAAAAUAGGAUAUUUGAGGUUCCAUUCUGCAUAAUCUCGGACCACAAAACAAAGAGUAUUGUUCUCACCCUGAGAGGUUCCAUCUCCCUGAGAGAUGUCUUCACUGACUUGGUGGCAUGUCCGGAGAAGAUAGACUUGGAAGGGUUGCCAGAGGGCUCUAUGGCUCACAAAGGCAUGCUGAUUACAGCCAAGAAGCUGAAAACCCAUCUUGACGAGACGAAGACUCUAGACAAAGCUCUCUCGCUUUAUCCACACUACGACUUGGUCAUCACAGGACAUAGCCUGGGGGCUGCUGCGGCUGUUUUGCUGGGCAUCCUGUACAAACCAAUUUACCCCGAACUCAAGGUCUACGCUUUUUCCACGCCUUGUGUAAUUACAAGAGCAGCGGCAAUCUAUUGUGAAAGCUUUGUGUUCACUAUCGGUGUGGGAGAUGACUUUGCCAUGAGGAUAAGUGUCGAGACCAUAGAGAACUUGAGAGCACAACUCUUCGAGGCUCUGCAGAAUUGUAGGCUACCAAAGUAUCGAGUAAUCGUCAAUGGAUUCGGUUACGCUCUAUUCGGCGUUCCGUCCAAACACCUGAAUACAACGUGGCGGGAUGACAGACCGACACCCCACCACUCUGUGCUACUGCCCGCCCCCAACGCAGUCCCCUACAUGUUUGCGCCCUCAACAGCUAACAGCAUCGAAGUCUUCUCGUCCAGUUUAAGACAGAAUUGUAAAGAAACGGACCCAAAUUACUCCAAAAAUAAGGUCCAAGAGAUACCUCAUUUCUGGAAAACUAGAGAGGUGGCAACCAGAAAGUACACUAACGUAUCCCUGUACCCAGCUGGGAAUAUUCUACAUAUUGUCCAUAAAAAGAAGAGCAAAGAAGAAAAAUCUAGAUGGCAUUGCCUCCAACUUUCAUGCUGUAAAAAAAAAAGGAGAGCAGAUGAGAAGACAUACGAGAUGCGUUGGUUGAGUCCCGACUCAUUCGAUGAGCUGCGAGUCAUGCCGAGAAUGCUCCUAGACCACUUGCCCGAGAACGUGUACAAAGUUCUCACCACCAUACUCGAUGAGCAAGAGACUGAAAUUGAAGACAACGUAGAAUUUAUCAUGUGACUGCUAGUAUUAUGAAAAUUGACAUUCCAGGGUGACGCUUGUAAAAUAGUGAGUUUAAUAUGGUGAAUUUUAUAUCUGAUAUCGUAUAAUUAUCAUACAUUCAAAAUAUUUGAGUUUUUUUUUUUAGAAAAUAUGCACUCUGAUAAAGAAUAUUUUUUAUAUUUCUAAAUGACAAUAAAAAGUAAAACAUGUGAGAUACCAAAUUUAAAUAUGCUAAAAAGUGUCAUUUAACACAUGUAUUAAUGAUACAUGUAAUUAUAGAUAUAAUUGUUUUGUUCACUAAUUAUAGAUAUAAUUGUUUUGUUCACUAUUUUAGAAAAUUAUAAUUAUAAAAACUGUUUUUCUUUUUUUUGUAAUUUAAUAUUGCAUUAUUUACCAUGCUAGUUCUCAUGUUCAAACCAGCAAUUGAAUAUUCGGGUUUAUCUUGCAUUUGUAUAGAUUUCUGGUCUAGAUUAAUUCAAAUUAACUGUAAUUUUAAACUAGUGAAUAGAUUUUAAUUUUAUCGUUUAUUUUAUAUGAGUCUGCUACCUUUGAUAUCUCCAGUUUGAAAGGUCUUAUCAGAAAAAUAUUGAUGUUAACAAAUUAUUAGAUUUAAAUAGAAUAAAUCUGUUUUUAAUUUAAAUAUAUACAUUUUCUUUGUAUAAAUUAAAGUAACACAAAAUAUAUAAAGAAUCUAGUUUGUAUAAAAAUUUUGAAUUGAAAGUGAACCGAAUGCUGGCCGUUUUUUCUUAUACUAGCUCACUAUGUUUAGCGAUUUUGAAAAUGUUAUCAACCCCUUCAAUCUCAGCCAUUAUUUAAAAAAUUUACAAAAAAAGUCCAGCAAUAUACAUAAGGGGUCUGCUAAAAAUCACACUUUUGUUUUUGUCUAUUUACUUAUCUCUUAAAUGAUUAUAAGUUUACUUGUUUUUCAUACAACUUUCAAGAAUAUUUUAUUUUUAUUUUACAUGAAAUAUACCAAGUUAUAAUAUAAAUGUGGGAAGUACACUUUAUUUUUAAAAUAUAUAUACAAUACAA